AUGUCGCGUUCGGCGAGACCUCACACAACGAGUGGCCGUUCAGGGAGCGUGGAGGCCAGUGCUGAACCAGGAAGAGAUAGGCAUCCCGCGGACUUCAAAUUCAACUGGACCCCUGUCAUCCUGGUUGGACUCAUCAGCACUACCAUGUGGGGGCCAUUCAACCGGACGCUAGACAAGUGCAACAAGCGUCACGAAGAGGAAGACCGCAUCGAAGAACAAAGGAGGCAGGAGCAGGAAGAGCACAUGAGGAGGGUGGAGAGGAGACGUGCAAGAGCCCAGAGCAUGUACGACUUUGAGGAGUCACAAUUCAACCCAUACCAGCGGCACGAGCGUGUGCAAGGCGGCACAAUGGCAGGGGAAGAAGAUGGAAACUGGCGGCGCCGGGGUCGGAGUGCAGUCGGAGGCCGGCUCGAAAGUGCCGUCAGAGCUGGCGGAGUCGAGCAACCCCAGCCUCGAUGGGCGGCUGACGAAAGGUAUGGUCGCGUCUAUGAAUAUGAGGUUAUUGAGGCACCAGAAGUAGAUCGCCGGAUAACGCGGCCUAGGAGGCGGGACAGAUCAUAA